CCCUCUAUAAAGCCGAUAUCUCUCGGGGUUCUUAACUGCACUGUCGCCGACAUGGACAGUUUUGAGCUCGAAAAAUCGAUCUGCGUCAUCGGGUCCGGCGCAGCUGGCCUGAUCAGUGCACAAGUGCUCGUCCAGGAUGGCUUCAAGAACGUCGAGGUCAUCACCUGCGACCAGUCUCCGGGCGGCACGUGGGCUGAGGAGCGAAUGUACCCCGAGCUCAAGAUUAACAACGUCUAUGGAGAGUACAGAUUCUCUUCCUUGCCUAUGCCUCCACCGACAGAUACGACUAAAUCAGGCGGCCGGUUAGGCGGAGAAGAUAUGCGGCUAUACAUGGAGAGCUUCGCAGACAGGUUUCUGAGGGGCAAGCUGCGGUAUAACACUAUCGUGACUAAUAUUCGUUCCGCGAAGCCGGAUCUCUCCACUCUUAGCAGCCCUCCCAGCAAGCGGUGGAUUAUCACUGUUCGCGACCGCAACACAGGCGAGGAGAGUCAGCUCAGGUAUGACAGGGUUGUGUUAUGCACCGGAGGGUGCAGCACACCGAAGUAUCCCGUUUCCUUGUCGCCUGAAGCUGCAAAGGUUAAGGGCUUCAAGGGGCCUGUCUUCCAUUCGCUCGAUUUCAAGAAAAACGUGGAUAAGCUACUAAAAGCCGUGCAGCCCCAAUCUGACCCUAAUCCGGGCCAUGCAGUGGUCAUCGGUGGCGGAAAAUCAGCCUGGGACGCUGCAGCAUACCUCGCCAACCGUGGUAGGAAGGUCUCCGUGGUCUUUGAGACGUCAGAUUCUGUGAUGGGCACCGCCAGUCCUCUACCGGAGUUUGUCCGAAAAAGUAGACUACUGGCUGUACUAUCGUCGAGUCGCAUAAUCAACACCAGGCUUGAGUAUGUAUGGUUCCUCCACCAAACCUGGCUCGGCAGCAAAAUCACACAUUUCGUAUGGAAUCGACUCGCUGAAGAUUCAUUCAAAGCUCUCGGCGUUCCGAAGGACUCGCCUCUUCGGAACACGCAUAGCUUGUUCUGGGGCCUGCGCCUAAAUGAUGAAGGCGUUCCAUCGCCAGACCGCUUCUUCGGCCUCGUCAAGGAUGGCAAGAUUGACCUCAUCGCUCCCGCCCGCGCUACGGGCUUCGGCAGCGACGGAAGCUCGGUCAUACUGGGAGAUGGGCGCGUCAUAGCGGCGGACGCUGUCGUCCUCUGUACUGGCUUCCAAUCGUCGUGGACCGACAUCUUUGACAAGGAAACCUACGAGGAGAUCGGCCUGGACGUCCACCCACCGCCGCCCGAGGAUAAGGAAUACCGGAAAGAAUACGCGUACGCGUCGCUUGCCAACCCGUCCGGCACCGGUGCACUCCUCAGACAGUUGGACCCCACGGCAGAGAACGCUGCGGCGAUAUACCGCGGGAUAAUUCCGGCGAAGAGCAUCCUGAACCGCGACUUUGCGGUCAAUGGCAGCAUCUUUACAACGAACCCCGGAUAUGUCUUCGAGAUCUGUGCACACUGGAUCGCGUCCUACUUCCGCAGGGAUCCGUUCCUACGCGUGCCUACAACAGUCGAGGCUGCUGUCGAGGACGCGGAGAGGAACAACUCGUGGCUACGCGUGCGCUUCCCGGGCAUGCUCGGGUGGGCGAACGACUCAUAUUCUGCUGAUAUGGCAAUGCUGGGAUGGCCACAGCUGGCUGACACGCUACUCCAGGAUAUGGACCUGCCGAUCAUGCGAAGCGGCGGGAACUGGUUUACCUGGCCGUUCAAAGUACUUGACUUGAAGGAAAUAGAGUAUCUUGAGGAAGAGCGUAUCGCAAAGCGCGUACAGCAUACGACACGGGCAUAAAAGACACAUCAUAAUAUUCUCGCUUCUAUCCUUUUUUAAUCUAAGAGUAUCUUUCAUUUGCACCGAGCACUCCUUAAGAUAUUUGCGAACACGGGUACAUAGAAGUUUAUAACGACAUGCAGAGAGCGAGAGUAAUUGCCAUACGAUACACGAGGUGUCUGACAGUCCAUGCAAUGAAACAAGAUAUUACAGAUAUACCGAGACCAGCGCCACGAUACUGCACUUUUAUCUGCCGUCUCUAUCGGGCGCGCUACACCUGGCUGAGAGGUUCGUAACCGCUGCGGUUGGAGGACCUGCCCAAGCCGAAGCCCAUGAGGAGGCUCUGACGGAGAGACUUGCGCCCGUUCUCCUCGCCGUCGUCGCGCGCGCGCUGGCGCUUUGCCUCGAGAAAACCCUCAGACGGGACGUCGUACAGCCGCUCAUACUCGACACCGAGCUCGCGGCCCAUCGACCAGAAGUCUUUGCAGUUGCCGACGAUACCGAGAUGGAACGGGUUCGGCGCCUUAGCUGCGCGUGCGAGCCCGUCGGCCGCCUUGCCCUUCGUGAACCGGUCGAAGCCAAGUAGGUUCAUAAGGAAGCCUCCGCCGCCGCACAGCCCGUGCCGAUGGUGAUGAUGACUGUGGCCCGUCGUGUCGUCUGAGCCCGCAUGCUGGUGCUGAUGACCCAUCUGCUGCCCCAGGCUGGCGCCACCGCGACCACCCAUGAAGCCGUAGCGACCUAGGUUGGAGACUUCGAGCGUGGUCAUUUGUCGCGCGACCUGCCAGAGCUGAGUAAUAAGGAGCACGACCGUCCACGACAGCUGCAGUGUUGCCCAGGCGGUGACAGACACGAGGAAGGUAUCGGCCGCUGUGAUGGCACAGAGGUAGGACGGGAGGACACAUGAAGGGGAAAUAUGAGGGGAUUCCGUGGGUAUCGAAAACGAUGAGAAGUCUGGUAAGUACACAG